UUUUGCUUUAGUAAUGUGAUUUCAUUGCUUAAACGAUGUUGAAUCAAGUCAUACUCUGCGCAUCGGUUGCGUUGCUUGUAUUAUCCCAAGCCCAUGCCGGCGAAUUUCAUACAACUGAGGACGGGUCACAGGUCUACAUUGAAACAUAUCAUCAGUUUACUUGGUAUGCGGCGCAAAGAGAGUGUGCUUUGCGAAAUAUGACCCUGUUCACCUUGGAUUCCCUAAAGAAAGCCAAAAAGUUGUACCGCAUACACGAAACCGAUUUGCAAUACUCCUUUGCCGUACUCUGGUCGUCAGGACAUGGUAAACGCGAUGGCACCUAUGCUUGGAUGACUACUGGGCAAAAGUUCGAGUUCAAUCGUUGGCAAACGGGCAAACCCAGCGAAAAAGGUGAGACGCAAUGUGUACAUGUUUAUGGCAUAGAACAUAUGUGGAGAAACGAAGACUGCAACAAACAAAGAGGAUUUGCCUGCGAAAAAACGCCCGUAAUUUGGGAGCAAAUGAAGGAAAUUAAUCAACUAAACUCCAGUAUUGCAAAUCAAACUAAGGAGAUAGAAUCCUUUAGUAACAUCACCCAACUGUUGCAAAACAAGAACAAGGAAAUCGAGGCAUUGACUAAGUUGUACGAAUCGAAUAGAAAAAAACUAACUGACUUCACUUGCAACGAAGUGAGUUACGAAGUGAAAGCGGAUAGGGUCAGAAAUACCGAAGAGCUAAUACAUAGUCUGCAAAAUUCCAAUAGGGAUCAGAUGAGGCUAUUAAAAGCCAUGGAAGUGGAAAUUGACAAAUUGAAGAAGGACCAAGAUGUUGAGUUACAAAGAAAGGAAAUUGUGGCUGCAAAAACCUUUGUGCAACAGGCAUUAGGGAAGCAGAAUUAGUUGCCACCACAAUAGCCCUAUGCAGUUACAUUUUGAAAUGUUUGUCACAUCUUGUAAUAAAUAAAAUAGAAUUUUAUUCAACAAGA